AUGGGUUCGGUUGAAGUGAAAAUGCGAAAUGCGUGCCACAAAAACAAGACAACUUCAUCGGAAAGUAGAGAGAGAAUGGGAGAAGAAGAGUCCCGUGUUAGGUUGUUUGAGACAAAGGAAGGAAGAUUCCGAGGAGUGUACAAGGUAUUUGCAUCCACAAUAUUUGCUGCUAUUUGUCUGAUUUGGGUGUAUAGAGUGGGAAGCAUGGGGGAAGUUAGAAGAGGAAGGUGGGCAUGGAUGAGUGCUAUGGUUUCAGAGUUUGGAUUUGGAUUGUAUUGGAUCAUCACUCAGUCUGUUCGGUGGAGAAUAGUCUAUCAGACACCUUUCAAGCACAGGCUCUCCCACAGAUACGACGAGGAGAAUCUACCAGAAGUAGACAUUUUUGUGUGCACUGCCGAUCCAAAACUGGAGCCUCCAUGCAUGGUGAUUAACACGGUGUUAUCAGCAAUGGCAUACAAUUAUCCUGCAAAUAAAUUGAACGUGUAUCUCUCUGAUGAUGGAGGGUCUGAGUUAACAUUCUAUGCUCUCUUAAAGGCCUCCAUUUUCUCCAAACAUUGGUUACCUUUUUGUAGAAGAUUCAAUGUUGAACCUAGGUCCCCAGAGGUAUUCUUUGCUCAAAAUUGUAGCAGCAGCCCUACCACUAAGUAUGGCAAAGCAUGCUUAUUUAUCAAGAAAUUAUACGAAGAAAUGAAAGGUGAGAUUGAAUCAGCCGCAGCAAGUGGAAAGCUUCCAGAGAAUGUGAGGAAUCAGCACAGAGGAUUCUCAGAAUGGAAUCCAAAAACAACAAAGCAGGAUCACCAGCCUAUCGUGCAGAUUAUAGUCGAUGGAAGGGACAGAAAUGCUGUAGAUGAAGAUGGAGUUCAACUUCCAACAGUGGUUUACAUGGCACGUGAGAAACGACCCAACCACCCUCAUCACUUCAAAGCUGGAGCUAUCAAUGCACUGAUAAGAGUGUCAUCCGAAAUAAGCAACGCCCCUUUCAUCCUCAACUUGGACUGUGAUAUGUACUCCAAUAAUGCAGAUACAAUUCAAGAAAUACUGUGUUUUUUCCUCGAUGAAACAAAAGGUGAAGAUAUAGCUUAUGUACAAUUUCCACAAAGCUAUAAUAACAUCACCAAGAAUGACCAUUAUGCAAAUUCUUAUCUCGUAAGCGGUAAGGUUGAGUUGGCUGGCAUAUGCGGAUAUGGAGCAGCCUUGUUCUGUGGAACUGGAUGCUUACAUAGAAGAGAAAGUCUUUCAGGAUCUUACUUAAGAGAUUACAGAGUAAAACGGGACAUGAAGCCUAAAAGAAACGAUAACAGAACAAUUGAUGAAGUGAAUGAAGCGUCGAAGGCUCUUGCCACUUGCACCUAUGAGGAGGGCACGCAAUGGGGGAAGGAGAUGGGAUUAGUAUAUGGUAUUCCAGUAGAAGACAUUGCGACUGGCCUUGUAAUCUCGUGUAAGGGUUGGAAAUCUAUUUAUUACAACCCAGAAAGGAAGGCAUUCGUGGGCACGGCUCCAACAACCUUGGAUGUAGCCUGUCUUCAGCAUACGAGGUGGUCAGAAGGCAUGUUCCAAGUUUUCUUCUCCAAGUAUUGCCCUUUCAUUUAUGGGCGUGGGAAGAUACACUUGGGUGUACAAAUGGGAUACUGCAAUUACCUCUUGUGGGCUCCAAUGUCACUGCCUACUCUUUGUUACGCCAUUGUUCUUCCUAUUUGCUUGCUUCAUGGCAUUCCAUUGUUCCCUCAGCUCUCAAGCACAUGGGUGCUUCCAUUUGCGUAUGCAUUUCUUGCAACCUAUGGCUAUAGCUUGUGUGAGUAUUUGAAUUGUGGAUCCACGACAAAGGGUUGGUGGAAUUUGCAAAGAAUAAAAUUCCUCCAUAGAAUCACCUCUUAUCUCUUUGGUUUCAUUGACACUAUGACCAAGCAAUUAGGACUGUCACAGACAAACUUUGUCGUCACAGAUAAAGUGGUUACUGAGGAUGUUUGGAAGAGAUAUGAGCAAGAAAUCAUUGAGUUUGGGGGCUCUUCAAUCAUGUUGACCAUAUUAUCAACAGUGGCUUUGCUAAACCUUUUUGGUCUGGUUGGAGGAAUCAAGAGGGUUCUAAUGGAUUUGGAAUUCAGUUCAAGCCAAUUCAUGGUGCAGAUCACAGUGAGUUUAUUGGUGGUAAUGAUCAAUUUACCUACAUAUGAGGCACUGUUCAUUCGUAGUGAUAAAGGCUGCAUAUCAUCCUCCAUUAUGCUCAAGUCCAUUGUCUUGGCUUCAUUAGCAUGCUACCUAGCAUCUUUCAUUUGCUAG